AUGCCGAUUCGGCCUACUCGCCGUACCCAACGUCUCCCGUCCAACAUCCCAUUGCGGACCCUGCAGUCCCGGCCACAUCCAGACCAGCAAGAACAGGCGACGUCAUUGCUAGCAUCUGAUCGGGACGAUAACCACCACAGCGCCCGUGACCGUGAUCACCACAACCACCACCACACCUCCUCUUCCUCCCACCGCCAACACCACAACUUCGACAACGACAAACACAAUCAUCACGGCCACCCGUCAUCAGAGGACUCUCUCGGUUCCGAGUCCGAUUCCUGGACCGACACUGGGGACAUCGCCGACCUUAUCGACGACGAAGAUCCCCUUCGCACCCAACUGCCCAGCGACGUUGAUGACGAGCUGCUAGCCGGCGUUCACAAGAGAUACCCCUCCCACAAGUCUUCCAAGAAGAAGCGUGUUCGCAUACAAGAGUCUCCUAGUCGCCGCGAUAACUCCCAAACCCGUCGUGGAGGUGUUAAUAAGGAGGCAAUCGAGGUUCCCGACAUCGCCCAACCUCGUCCGACCCGCGCGCAGCGAGUCAUCGGCGCCAUCAUGCCGGGCGGUUCUUCUGUUCACGGCCUCACUGGCAAGGCCCUGAUCUAUUUCACGAGUAUCUUCGUCUCCCUGGGAGUCUUUUUAUUCGGCUAUGAUCAGGGUGUCAUGUCAGGCAUCAUCACGGGUGUCUUUUUCCGUAACUACUUCCAUCAGCCUUCCUCGGCCGAGAUUGGUACCAUGGUUGCUAUCCUCGAGGUUGGUGCCUUUAUCUCAUCUCUAGUCGUUGGCAAGGUUGGCGAUAUCAUCGGCCGGCGCAAGACUAUUCUAUAUGGCUCCAUGAUCUUCUUCGUUGGUGGUGCCUUGCAGACAUUUGCCAAUGGCAUGCCCAUGAUGAUGUUGGGCAGAAUCAUUGCUGGUCUGGGCGUUGGUGCUCUGUCUACCAUCGUCCCAGUGUAUCAGUCUGAGAUUUCCCCUCCCCACAACCGUGGAAAGCUUGCCUGCAUCGAGUUCUCCGGCAACAUCAUCGGCUACACCACCUCGGUGUGGGUCGACUACUUCUGCGGAUUCAUCGAAAGUGACAUGUCAUGGCGUAUUCCCCUUCUGAUGCAGUGCGUGAUGGGAGCCCUUCUGGGCAUUGGAAGCUUGGUCAUUGUAGAGUCUCCAAGAUGGCUCCUUGACAACGAUCACGACGAAGAAGGUAUUGUUGUCAUUGCCAACCUCUACGGCAAGGGUGACAUCCACAACCAAAAGGCCCGAGACGAGUACCGCGAAAUUAAGAUGAACGUGCUUCUGCAGCGACAGGAGGGUGAGAGGACAUACGCCGAGAUGUUCCGCAAGUACAGCACUCGUGUCUUCAUUGCCAUGUCGGCCCAGGGUCUCGCUCAGCUCAAUGGCAUCAACGUCAUCAGCUACUAUGCUCCUUACGUUUUUGAACAGGCAGGCUGGGUUGGUCACGAUGCCGUCCUCAUGGCUGGCGUGAACGGCAUUACCUAUCUUCUCUCGACUAUUCCCCCAUGGUACCUGGUUGACAGAUGGGGUCGCCGGCCCAUCCUGCUGAGCGGUGCCAUUGUCAUGUGUGUAUCACUGUCAAUGAUCUCGUACUGGCUCUACCUCGACAUCACCUAUACACCCACCCUGGUCGUCAUCUUUGUCAUGAUCUACAAUGCGGCUUUUGGAUACUCAUGGGGCCCGAUCCCUUGGCUCUACCCUCCGGAGAUCUUGCCUCUGAGCAUUCGCUCCAAGGGUGCCAGUCUGUCAACCGCAACCAACUGGGCGUUCAACUGGCUUGUCGGAGAAAUGACGCCCCUGCUGCAGGAGUGGAUCAAGUGGCGGUUGUACCUUCUGCACGCCUUCUUCUGUGCAGUCAGUUUCAUUGUUGUAUACUUCAUAUACCCCGAGACCUGCGGUGUCCGCUUGGAGGAGAUGGACUCGCUCUUUGGCGACGCCAGCACUGUCAUUGGAACACCAUCUCUGCAUGGCCGCGAGAACGACUCGCUCGUGCCCGGAUCGCCCAUCGGCUCCGAAUACCGGGGACGGCCCGGCAACUUUACUGCCAACAGCGCCAUUCCUGGCCUGUCUCUCGACCCUCCCGACAUUCCCGACGGCAAGGGCCAGGAUGGUGAGGCCAGCAGCACCAUUAGUGGAUGGGUAUCUAGAGUUGUUGGUCGCACUCGAGACCAGAGCAGCAGCGGCAGCGGUAGAUACGCUCCUCUGGGUACCCAGGAUGAUUGAGACGAGAUCGGCGCACAAGAGAAUCAACACGUUUAGACGGUAUUUUGCAUAUAGACGGCGGCAACUUUCUCCUCAGUGUCGCAGGCCUCCCGGAC